AUGAGGAUUAUUUGCAGGCAGAUUGUCUUGUUGUUUUCUGUGUUUUGGGGACUCGCCAUGGGAGCCUUUCCAAGCAUUGUUCAAAUAGGUGGUCUCUUCAUCCGAAACACAGACCAGGAAUACACUGCUUUCAGAUUGGCAAUCUUUCUUCAUACACCAGCCCCCAAUGCCUCCGAAGCUCCUUUCAAUCUGGUACCCUCAUGUGAUAACAUCGAGACAGCCAACAGUUUUGCUGUGACGAAUGCCUUCUGUUCCCAGUAUUCUAGAGGAGUGUUUGCCAUUUUUGGACUCUAUGACAAGAGGUCAGUGCAUACCUUGACCUCAUUCUGCAGUGCCCUGCACAUCUCCCUCAUCACACCCAGCUUCCCCACUGAAGGGGAGAGUCAGUUCGUGCUGCAACUAAGACCUUCAUUGAGAGGUGCACUCCUCAGCCUUCUGGAUCACUAUGAAUGGAAUUGUUUUGUCUUCCUGUAUGAUACAGACAGGGGAUAUUCAAUCCUUCAAGCUAUUAUGGAGAAAGCAGGACAAAAUGGAUGGCAUGUCAGCGCGAUAUGUGUGGAAAAUUUUAACGAUGUCAGCUACAGGCAACUGUUAGAAGAGCUUGACAGAAGACAAGAGAAGAAGUUUGUGAUAGAUUGUGAGAUCGAGAGGCUUCAGAACAUUUUAGAACAGAUUGUGAGUGUUGGGAAGCAUGUCAAAGGCUACCAUUAUAUCAUCGCAAAUUUGGGUUUCAAGGAUAUUUCCCUUGAGAGAUUUAUACACGGUGGAGCAAAUGUCACCGGAUUCCAGUUGGUUGAUUUUAAUACACCCAUGGUAACCAAACUAAUGGAUCGGUGGAAGAAACUAGAUCAGAGAGAAUAUCCAGGAUCUGAAACACCUCCAAAGUACACCUCUGCUCUAACUUACGAUGGAGUUCUGGUGAUGGCUGAAACUUUCCGAAGUCUCAGAAGACAGAAAAUUGAUAUUUCAAGGAGAGGAAAUGCUGGGGAUUGUCUGGCAAACCCUGCUGCUCCCUGGGGCCAGGGAAUUGAUAUGGAGAGAACACUAAAACAGGUUCGAAUUCAAGGGCUGACUGGUAAUGUUCAAUUUGACCACUAUGGACGUAGAGUUAAUUACACAAUGGAUGUAUUUGAACUAAAAAGCACAGGACCUCGAAAGGUUGGCUACUGGAAUGAUAUGGAUAAGUUAGUCUUGAUUCAAGAUGUACCCACUCUUGGCAAUGACACAGCAGCUAUAGAGAACAGAACAGUGGUUGUAACCACAAUCAUGGAAUCCCCCUAUGUUAUGUACAAGAAAAAUCAUGAAAUGUUUGAAGGAAAUGACAAGUACGAAGGAUACUGUGUAGAUUUGGCAUCUGAAAUUGCAAAGCAUAUUGGUAUCAAGUAUAAAAUUGCCAUUGUCCCUGAUGGAAAAUAUGGAGCAAGGGACGCAGACACUAAAAUCUGGAAUGGGAUGGUAGGAGAGCUUGUGUAUGGGAAAGCGGAGAUUGCUAUUGCACCUCUGACAAUCACUUUGGUGCGUGAGGAGGUCAUCGAUUUCUCUAAGCCUUUCAUGAGUUUAGGCAUCUCUAUCAUGAUCAAAAAGCCUCAGAAAUCUAAACCAGGAGUGUUCUCCUUCUUGGACCCUCUGGCCUAUGAGAUCUGGAUGUGCAUAGUGUUUGCAUACAUUGGUGUCAGUGUGGUCUUAUUCCUAGUCAGUAGGUUUAGCCCAUAUGAGUGGCACACGGAAGAGCCCGAGGAUGGAAAGGAAGGUCUCAGCGACCAGCCUCCCAAUGAGUUUGGCAUCUUUAACAGCCUAUGGUUUUCCCUGGGUGCCUUUAUGCAGCAAGGAUGUGACAUUUCACCCAGAUCCCUGUCAGGUCGAAUUGUUGGAGGCGUCUGGUGGUUCUUCACUCUCAUCAUUAUUUCAUCUUACACCGCCAAUCUGGCUGCUUUCCUGACGGUGGAGAGAAUGGUCUCCCCCAUAGAAAGUGCAGAAGACCUGGCCAAACAAACAGAAAUUGCAUACGGAACACUAGAUUCAGGAUCAACAAAAGAAUUCUUCCGAAGAUCAAAAAUAGCAGUGUAUGAAAAGAUGUGGACCUACAUGCGAUCAGCAGAGCCGUCUGUGUUCACUAGGACUACAGCUGAGGGCGUGGCUCGUGUCCGAAAGUCCAAAGGCAAAUUUGCCUUUCUCCUGGAGUCCACCAUGAAUGAAUACAUUGAGCAGCGCAAGCCCUGUGACACGAUGAAAGUGGGAGGAAACCUGGAUUCCAAAGGCUAUGGUGUAGCAACGCCCAAGGGUUCCUCAUUAAGAACUCCUGUAAACCUUGCCGUUUUGAAACUCAGUGAGGCAGGCGUCUUAGACAAGCUGAAAAACAAAUGGUGGUACGAUAAAGGUGAAUGUGGACCCAAGGACUCGGGAAGCAAGGACAAGACGAGUGCCUUGAGCCUGAGCAACGUAGCAGGCGUCUUCUACAUUCUGGUUGGCGGCUUGGGCUUGGCAAUGCUGGUGGCUUUGAUAGAGUUCUGUUACAAGUCCAGGGCAGAGGCGAAGAGAAUGAAGCUGACUUUUUCCGAAGCCAUAAGAAACAAAGCCAGGUUAUCCAUCACUGGGAGUGUGGGAGAAAACGGCCGUGUGCUGACCCCCGACUGCCCCAAGGCCGUACACACAGGAACUGCAAUUAGACAAAGCUCGGGAUUGGCUGUCAUUGCAUCGGACCUACCAUAA